ACCUCUAAAUCGGCCUACUCUUGCCUUGAAAGCUGCUUGGCUAAUAAGCCUAGCCUGCCUGAACUUUAGGUUAGGCUGGUUGGAGAAGUGUAAGCUAGGCUGAGACAAAAGGUGCUGUUGAUGGAGAAGCCUAGGUACUUGAAGUAUCUGAUUUUAGCCUUGUUCAGCCUUCUCUGGUUUCAUCCGCCUCCCUAGCCUCGCCCAAGCCAGGAAGGGCGAAGGUCCUAGCACUAGUCUAAUUUGGGUCAACACCGCGUGGCCUAGUGCUCUUCAGAAGGAAUAUAUGCUCAGGACCUCAUCUCCCCGCUUCUUCCAAUAACAUCAUCGCAAUUCAACAAGCAUCGAUCCUAAAUUUAUCAAAAAGUGAGCGCUACCGAAUAUAUCAAACACAUCACUAUUGCACUUUCAUACCCGAGUUCCCUCGGAAAUACUGUGCUCGACGUCUCCAGCAUGGGUGCCUCGACUGAUGAAGGCUCUGCUGCGGUAUCUUACCUGGGACUUCUCACUUGUCACAAGAACGAUAUUCGUUGCCCCGACGAGUGUUCUAAGAGCGACUGCGGCCGCGAAAUGCGACUAUAUUUCAACGGAAACAAUAGCACUCCUGAAACACUCCUUGCGGGUCUAAUGCGCCUCCCAGUCCACAUCAGGCAUGACAUUUACGACCUUGUUGUUCACUCCGAUGCUCCAAUCAAGCAUCCAACUAUGUGGCUUAACUCCAGCCAAGCUCUCGUCGCCCCAGACAUACCCGCCUACAGAGCCGAUCCUAGAUUGCCAUUGGUACCAACGUUGGAAAAUAAGGGUGGCGAUUGGGAUCCAGACAAAAUUUGCUGCUGGGCGUUUUGUCGCUCUCAAGGUUUCGCUGAAGCACUUCACAAGCUAGGCAAGACAGGCAACCAGUCGGCAACACGGUGUCUCGAAGACUUUUUGAUCCUUGUGGGAGAGCGAACGGUGGUGGAGCUAGAUAACUACAACUUCAUAUGGAAGCAAUCAAGCUCUGGUUGGAUUAACUCAUUCGAAUGGUUUCGGAGCUUGAAGCCCUAUCAUAUCUUUCUACGCCAUCUCUCAGUGGAAUAUGAGAACCAGAUCGAAUUUGACUAUUCGAAAGGAAGGUGGGUUAAUAGUACUAUUGGAUAUAUCGCGCAAUGCCGCUAUAUUCAAAGCGCGCUGCCCAACCUCAAAUCGGUGAUUUUCUGGUUCCAACUCACCAGAGAGCAACUGAAUGGUGCCAUCUAUCAUGCAAGACAAGAACCAUGGUUUGAGGCAAGCAAAUUGAUUGAUGCUGAAAAGGUAGACGUCAAGCUCGUGAUCGACCCAGACUUUGGGCAAGGCGAACGACUGACUCGGAGUUCUGAAUGGGAUCGAGGAUUUCUUCGCAGAGGUCUUAGCUCAGUCGUGGAUGAGGAAGGUGCUUCGAUGUUACAGAAAAUCUUAUCUGCAAAGCGAAUUCGUACCCUGACGGAUGAUCUCGACGAUUUCGAUUUGGAGUCUUUAUGGAACGACGAAAGUUUGGCAUAGACUGAUCGGGUGGGCAAAUGGGAAAGAAGCCAGAAAUAGGCUUCGAAGAGAAGUUCUCCGAGGAUCUAUGAGGACUGAGGCCGUAAGCGCAAUGCGGAAUAGACACCUAAUGGACUUCCCUUAUCAAAAUUGGCCUUCAGUGAUUUCGUGACACCAACAGACUUCGCCGUGCAUUGGGUGUUUCUCUUGCAUGCUUCACAUCAUACGUAG